AUGGAAUUCCAAAAACUCAUAUCAACACAAGAAAUCAAAAAGCACAACCACACUCAAGACUGCUGGAUCGUAAUCGAAGACGCAGUAUGGGACGUGACCGCCUUCGCCCCCGAGCAUCCGGGCGGCGCAAACUUUCUUUUGAAAUACGGCGGCCACGAUGCAACGAAAGGCUAUUCGGAAUACCACAGCCCUUCCGUGGUGAAGGACAAUCUACCGCUCGAAUGUUUCAAAGGCAAUCUCGACCGCUCAACGAUCGAUUCGUCUUGGGCACCGGUGGUGGCGGAGAAUGCGGCCCUGAAGGUCGAGGAGGGCGAGAAGACGCCGUUGAGUAGUAUUAUCAAUGCUUACGAUUUCGAAGAGGCCGCGCAGAAGCAUGCGUCGAAGAAGACUUUCGCCUUCUACUCUACUGCCGCGACGGAUUGCUGGUCUCGAGAUAUGAAUCAGGAAAUGUAUAAACGAAUCUGGUUCCGGCCGCGGGUGAUGAAGGAUGUGACGAACAUUGACACCUCGACGACUAUGCUGGGUAUACCGCUCGCCGUGCCGCUCUUCAUUUGUCCCACGGGUUUAGCCAAAAUGAUCCACCCAGACGGCGAGAAAGCAUUGGCGAGAGCGGCGAAGUCGACCGGCAUCCUCGAGAUUCUCUCAACCUCCGCCUCCCACCCCCUCCCCGACAUCCUCUCCGAAGCCCCCAACCACCCCUUCCUCUUCCAACUCUACAUGAACAAAGACCGCCAAAAGUCCGCGUCUCUGAUCAAACAAGUAUCCGCCAACCCCCAAAUCCGCGCCAUCUUCCUCACGGUCGACGCCGCCGGUCGCGGCAAGCGCGAAUCCGACGAACGUCUCGCCGUGGACGAAAUCGUGAUAAACCCCGUCACUGGCCAGCGCGCGGAGACGGACAAGAAGGGUGGCGGGCUGACGCGAAUGAUGGGGAGUUAUAUCGAUCAGAGCCUGACGUGGGAGGAUAUCAAGUGGAUUCGUACUUUGACUGAUCUGCCGAUCGUGCUGAAAGGGAUCACGAACGCUGAGGAUGCGAAGAUGGCGAUGCAGUAUGGUGUCGAGGGGAUUAUUCUGAGCAACCAUGGUGGAAGGAACUUGGACUAUGCGCCGCCGGCGAUUUUGCUGUUGCUGGAGAUGCAUAAGUGCUGUCCUGAUGUGUUUGAGCGGAUGGAAGUGUUUGUUGAUGGCGGGAUCAGGAGAGGCGGGGAUAUUGUUAAGGCGAUGUGUUUGGGAGCCAAGGCGGUGGGCAUUGGGAGAACGUUUUUGUACUCGUUGAAUUAUGGGACGGAGGGGGCGGAGCAUCUUGUUGAAAUCCUAAAGGAUGAGAUGGAGAGCGUGAUGAAGCUGAUUGGUGUAAAGAAUUUGUCUGAAGUUCAUCCGGGUCUCGUCAACACACUCGAUGUGGACCAUCUGGUACCUUCGACGCCCGACCACCCAUAUGCUAAAUGGCGGCCACAGCCUCGACUAUAA